AUGGCUGUUACUCCAUAUGGGUCCCACAGUCCUGUGAAUAAAUUUUCCCUGAGCUAUCGGUUCACCAUCCAGAGAUUUAAUUUGCUAUGUUUUCUUGGUUACAGGGAGAAAAAAAUGAAAAUUCAGGAUAUUAAAAACAAUAUUAAAGAAGCUAUAGAGACAAUAGUGACAGCAAUGGGAAACCUGGCCCCACCAGUCGAGCUAGCCAAUCCAGAGAACCAGUUUCGAAUCGACUAUAUAUUAAACCUAGCAAACCAGAUAGAUUUUGACUUCCCACCAGACUUUUAUGAACAUACAAAAACACUUUGGCAAGAUGAAGGUGUGAAAGCCUGCUACGAGAGAUCCAACGAAUAUCAGUUGAUCGACUGUGCACAGUAUUUUCUAGACAAGAUCGACAUAGUCAAGCAAAAUGAAUACACACCAUCUGACCAGGAUCUUCUUAGAUGCAGAGUUCUGACAUCAGGAAUAUUUGAAACCAAGUUUCAGGUCGACAAAGUAAACUUUCAUAUGUUUGACGUUGGUGGGCAGCGAGACGAACGCCGAAAAUGGAUCCAGUGUUUUAACGAUGUGACUGCUAUCAUAUUUGUGGUGGCCAGCAGUAGCUACAACAUGGUUAUACGAGAAGACAAUCAGACCAACCGGCUUCAAGAAGCGUUAAACCUUUUCAAGAGUAUCUGGAACAACAGGUGGCUACGGACCAUUUCAGUAAUUCUUUUCCUGAACAAACAGGAUUUGCUAGCAGAGAAAGUUUUGGCAGGGAAAUCUAAAAUUGAAGACUACUUUCCAGAAUUUGCUCGUUACACCACACCGGAUGAUGUAGCAACACCGGAACCUGGUGAGGAUCCUAGAGUUACAAGGGCCAAGUAUUUUAUUAGAGAUGAAUUUCUUAGAAUCAGCACAGCAAGUGGAGACGGAAGGCACUAUUGCUAUCCUCAUUUCACAUGUGCAGUGGAUACAGAAAACAUUCGGAGGGUUUUCAAUGACUGUCGGGACAUUAUUCAACGGAUGCACCUUCGCCAGUAUGAGCUAUUGUGAUGGAGAGCACUUUUUCUCUUGUUUUUUGGACUCCUUACUCCUUAUUAAAAAGAAAAAAAAUACCCUUGCCCACAUAGGGCGGAAGAGAACUGUUGCAAUCUCCCUCUGAUUUGCAUCCCUCAAACCUUUCCUCCUUGCUGGACAAAUAGCAGCCCUACUAAAGCUUGCUUCUUUUUGCCCCUUCGGAACAGUUUGAGACAGCCCUUGCAACGCCUAGGGGCCGCUUCCUGUGUGAGCAGGGGAGGGUUUCUCUAACACUGUCAUUAACAAAUAAAUUAAUUAAAUAAUAAUGCCCUGGAUGGAUGGAGGAGCGUCUUGAAAGGAUUUGGGGAUUUAAAGUUAAAAGAUUUCUCAAAGCAAAAAAAGAGAGAGAGAGAGAGAGAAUACUACAGGAGGGAGAACUCUAAGUAAUUAGCACUGUUGUGGGCGUAAUCAUAUUAUCCCGUGACUUUCAACUUUGUAUCCAUUCACCGCAUCAGGAAAAAAAAGAAGAAGGUGCCAAGUCUCCGACCAAGAUGAAAGGACAAGUCUCUCAAGUUUGGUUUUCUGCCUCUGAAUGUGACUUUUGAGCAGAAAAUACUGACAGUUCUAACAGCAGAAACCUCAACAGUGCAAAAGCAACUGCCACCUGCCAAAAGUUGUCGCGCGUGGAAGGUCCUCAAACGGACAUUGCGGAAUGAUCUGCGUUUUAACGGCCUGUGAUCGCAGAAAGAGUUUAACCACACACACACACACACACUGUUUUCAGUUUGUCCACUGAUGAUGCUGUCUACUAUAAGAAAGCAAACAAACAAACAACAAGAAAAGUCAUUAUCAGGACUGUAGUCCUCACGACCUCCCCCCUUCUCUUCAUUCCCCUCCUGACCCCCCUCCCCCGCCUCUUUCUUUCCCGAUUUUUAUUUUACUGCUGGAUUAUUAUUCUUGUACAGACUGUAAAAUGUAUUAUUUUGUACAACUUUAUUGAAAAAAGAAUAACUUGUAGAAGAUCUUUGUGCCUUGAUUAUGGCUGUACCCGUGCAAUGAGCUAAGAUGUAAGUAUGUUUGAUUGCGCUGUACAGCUUUGUCAACCCCUAUCAGCAGCAUUCGCUCAAGGUAGGGAAAAUUUAUCUGUAGUUUAGGGGAUUUUUUUGUUUUUUUGUUUUUGUUUUUUUUGUUUCAUUUCUGGUUUAUAAAAGGAGGAGGAAAAAAUACUGUUUAGUUAAAAAAAAGUACAAAUUGUGCAAACUUAAACCACUUUAAAAAGUGAGGUCUACAACAAGUGACCAGAUGUUGCAGCAUCCUGCUUUUUAAUUUUUAGCUUUAACUCAUUUAAAUCUCUAUCCAAAUGCAAAACAUGGCUUGUUUCUACAUAAACCAAAUUUUGCUACAAAUUAUAAAUGUUAGUCUUUUGUCAUUCAUAGUUUUGUUUUCGGUUUUUUGCAAAAAAAAAAAAAA